UGACCCGCGACCUUCACCCUUGCUAUUUAUGUCCGACAGAGUAUCUGAAAGUCGUUCUAACAGUUUUAGGCCCUGACUUGGAAUCAUAUUGAAAUUCGGCGAUGUUUCGGACGGCAGAGAGACGCCUUGAGAACGCAGCAAGACGCGCAGCAUGCCUUGCCCUCAGAGGAAAGACGGGGGAGAAGAUGUGCACGAGAGGGAAGGUGUUGACAGUCGCAAAUAUGAACCCGUUCGUGAAAACGAUGGAGUAUGCCGUUCGCGGCCCCAUCGUGAUAAGAGCUGGCGAAAUAGAACAGGAACUGGCAAAGGGUGUGAAGAAAUCCUUUACCGAUGUCAUCCGAGCCAACAUUGGUGACUGUCAUGCUGUCGGACAACGCCCCUUGACCUUUAUCAGACAGGUGUCAGCACUGUGCACCUACCCGGAACUCCUGAAUGAUCCCAAAAUGCCUUCAGAUGCCAAGGACAGGGCAAGCAGGAUACUGAAGGCGUGUGGAGGAGAGAGCAUAGGAGCAUACAGUGACAGUGCUGGUGUGAGGGUGAUCCGCGAGGAUGUUGCCAAAUACAUCGCCGCCCGUGACGGCCAUCCAUGCAGCCCUGAUGACAUCUUCCUCAGCACAGGAGCCAGUGACGGCAUCAAGAAUGUGAUGAAACUGACGAUGACAGGAGAGACAGGGAACAAACGUGCGGGAGUGAUGAUUCCAAUUCCUCAGUACCCAUUGUACACAGCAACCAUAGCUGAAUACAACGCUCACCCUAUCGGCUACUUCCUUGAUGAGGACAACGGCUGGGCGCUGAGCAUCGAUGAGUUGAAGAGGUCCAUCUCUGAAGCCAGGACACAAUGUCAGCCCCGCGCCAUCGUCAUCAUCAACCCUGGCAACCCAACAGGCCAGGUGUUAACGAGAAAGAAUAUUGAGGACAUCAUCAAGUUUGCCAAGGAGGAGAACCUGCUGCUGAUGGCGGAUGAGGUGUACCAGCACAACGUCUACGCUGCGGAGUCUGAGUUCCACAGCUUCAAGAAGGUGUUGAUGGAGAUGGGGUCGCCGUACAGCGAUAUGGAGAUGGCGUCAUUCAUGUCCACGUCUAAGGGGUAUAUGGGAGAAUGUGGAUUUCGAGGAGGCUAUUCAGAGGUCAUAAACUUUGACCCUGAGGUGAAGGCAAUGUUAGUGAAGUCAAUUUCAGCCAAACUCUGUUCAUCCGUGUCCGGCCAGGCUGUGAUGGAUGUCGUGGUCAACCCGCCACAGCCAGGCGAACCUUCGUACGAGCUCUUUAACAAGGAGAAGACUGAGGUGCUGAGUCAACUGGCGGAGAAAGCCAAGAUGGUGACGGAGACCUUCAACUCCAUGGAAGGCAUCAGGUGUAACAAGGUGCAGGGAGCCAUGUACGCCUUCCCACGGAUCACACUGCCACAGAAGGCCAUCGAGGCCGCAAAGGCCAAGGGACAGGCGCCAGAUGCCUUCUACUGCUUCAGUCUGCUGGAGGACACUGGGAUAUGUGUGGUGCCAGGGAGUGGCUUCGGUCAGCUGCCGGGGACAUUCCACUUCAGAACCACCAUUCUUCCUCCCGUUGCCAAGCUGGGUGAAAUGAUGGAGAGGUUUCGGCAAUUCCACAACAACUUCCUCUCCAAGUAUUCUUAGAUCACUCUCACAGAUUGAAAGGACAGACACAGACAGCCAGACGACAGACGACAGACUGGAUGAUUCCACAACUUCCUCUCCAAGUAUUCUUAGAUCGCUCUCGCAGAAUGACUUGACAGACACAGACACAGACAGCCAGACAACAGACUGGAUGAUUCCACAACAACUUCCUAUCCAAAUAUUCCUUGAUUACCCUCAUAGAUUGACACAGACACAGGUAGACAAGAGACUAUUCAGACUGGACGAUUCCACAACAGAUUCCUCUCCAAUUAUUCCAACACCACCCUUA